AGUUUAUCUAUAGUUGAUAAAAUAGGAUAUCUGUGUGCUGUAUAGUGUAUAAAUUCUACACGUGUUCGCCAGUGUUCACAAAACAUGUGUUGCGAAAAAUUAUUUUAUUUCUAAUAUAUCAAAAUAAUAUUUUAUGCAUUGAGCUUAUCACUCUCAAAAAUCAUUUGCAACGUGUUGAAAAUAUACAAUUGUCUACAUGGAUGCGUUACAGCUAAGAAAUUAGUUUAAGGACUUUCUUCUGCUUUACAAUCAGAUAUCUGAAAUGUGUUUUAAAAAAUGUGCAAAUACUUUCCUUUCUCGAGAAAUUACCUCUGACGAAGAUCUUUGCGUAAGCAAUUGUGCACAGAAAUACAUUCAUGCUAAUCAUAAGAUAAUGGAAAUAUUCAUGGAGGUACAACCUGUAAUGGUGCGCAAAAGAAUGGAGGAGAUAAACACAGCUCAAACGGAAUUAGAAACACAAAAUCAAGAAAUUAAAGUGGAACAGAACAAUAAUACAUCUUAGAACAAAAGGGAAUAGAAGCCAAUAAAAAUGAGAAAUGUUAGAAUAUAAUCAUAUCUAUCAUUGACAAUAUUAAAACAGGACGUUAUAACUUGAUAAAGUUUUUUCAGCUGCAAAUACAAAUUUCAAUAAAUAUAUUAUAUUACUUUAAUCGGAAACACGUUUUUAAUAAGGCUGCAAAUGUUAUAUAUACAUCAAUUAAUAUAAUAUAUCGAUCUAGUGAAAUUUACAUUUGCGGCUGAAACAGAUUUAGUUAAGUCGAAACGUCCUGCUUUAAUAUAUUGUUAAAUUAAAUGACAUUUAUAUUUUAA